CUACGCUAGUUAAAAUCCAAGCCCCCCUGGGCCUGCCUGAAACCUGUCUGUCUGUCAGUAAUAUUUUGAGGCGUGUUGGAGGGGAAAGAAGAGUGCACGAGGUGUAGAAGCAGUUUAGUUACUUAGCUAGUUAUUAAACUACCUGUAUUAGCCAGCAAACAUGGCUACAGUCAAUAGUGGUACCUCCAGUUACAGAGUCGUGAUAAUGGCUGGCAAAUACUUGACGAACCCCUCACCGCGGCUUGUCCCGAGCACAAGUCACUGGCGAAUGUUAAAACUUCAGCGCCGCUUGGCGAGUUCAAAGGCGGCCGGCCAGGGAGGCAAAACCCCGGCUUUGGCCCAGCAAGAGUUCCCUAACUCUUUCUCAGCCUCUGACCGCUACGUUCUGUCAAACCGCACAUUAAUUUAUCGGGAUGUGAAGGCUUUUCUCAAUGAAAUUGGUGGAGACCCUCGAGAGGCUCGGUACUGGUUGACCCAAUUUCAGAGAGCCAGUUUGGCACAAGCGCCAGCAUUUGCAGUGCUCGAGGUAAGAGGCUAGCUAGCUAGCCAGCGUAAUUUGCUAAUUUAUAGGGAACGAAUGAACUGUCAAACGGAAUAGCUUGUUUGUUUGCUAGUGAUUGAAGCGAAAUAAUAAUCGCUGUGUACAGCUGUCAGAGAAUAAUCUUUAUAGCUAAAUUAGCUACUGGUAUCAGUCCAACAAGCUUGGCUGUAUAGCUCAUAUGAUAACCUAUUACGUAUUGUAAUUAUAUUUUAUAGCUAACUAUAGUUAGCGUGUGGUUUAUAGGCAAAAAUAUGAGCUCCUCCGUUUAACGUUCUGCGCAAUGCUCAGGUGCUACACACAAACCUUAGAAAAAAUAGCCGCUACCAAAAAUCGCUGUAGCUGCAUAGCUUUAUGGCCAGGAGGAGUGUAGCGUUUGUCUAAUUCUUGACAUUGUGAAAGAUGACUGUAAAUCAAGACCAGGGGAUGGGUUCACCAGUCACAGACACUUUUUACAGCAGGCGUGGCCAACCCUCCUCCUGAAGAAUUACUGGGUGUACUGUGUACAGGCUCUUAUUCUAGCCCUGCUUAAACACCUGAUUCUAAUCAGCCAGUCAUCAGGACCUUGAUUACAGAAUCAGGUCUGUUACGAGUAUAUCUGGAAUAAAAGACUGCAUGCCAGGGCCGGUCCUGGCCAUUCUGCCUCCCUAGGCAACAAUAAACAAUUUUUGCCUCCCCGAAUAGAAUAGAAUAGUCUCAGUAAGCAAAAUUACAUUUAAAAUACGUAUUUUCUAGACGUUCAAGUUAGGUUCUUUUUCGGUUCUGAAUAAAAGGUGAAAAUAUGUAUUUUUCGGACUUUGAAAAUACGUAUUUUCUGGAUGUUGAAAUCACGUCUAUUUACAGCUCUGAAUGAAUGUUGAAAAUACGUAAAUUAUAGACAUUUUUGUUUGGGCCAAAUCAAGGCUGGUCCAGACUGGACAAAAUCAGAUUUGGUUCGGACAGAUUUGGUCCGGACUGGACCAAAAACCAACGUCCGUGGACGUAGAAAUUAAGGCCGGUCCGGACUGCACCAAAAAAAUACCUCCAGUCCAGACGGGACCAAAAAAAGAUGUCCAAAAGAUGUCGGCGUCGGUUCGUGCUUACUGGGGUAUAGCCUACAAUGUCGGCCCACAAUUAAAUUGUAUGAAUGCCCAUCUAUGUGGUAAGCCCACCGUUUUGUAAAAGAGGCCGUUGCUUUAUUAGUCCUGAUUCCUGUGACUAAUCAAUUUGGCUAUUUAAGCUCUCAAAAUCAGCUACCCAACUUUAUCAGGAGGAGUUAUCCUGAGCCUAUUUGCAAUGUGUUUACACAGCGGGAAAUGCAGGAGUAUUUAAUUUUUUGCUCUGAUCAGCUCGUAAAAAAUGUACGGAUACAAAGUUGAAACCACUGAUCGUGACAAUUUAGCCCAGGGGAUGAAACUCCUGGACAGCAGUUGUGAGUAGCCUGAUUGUCAAUUCCAUAUUGUCCAUUUUACUUUGACCUGUCCUGUUUUUAGGAUAUGUUUGUUAACAUGUCAGUGCAUUUUUUUAUUUGAUUGGGCGCCAUUUAGGUUAGGCUAUUUGAUCGGAGAAACUCAUACAUUUUAUUUCCAGCCUCUAGGCUACAGAAAAGGCCACAUGCUCUUUCUACCACAGGCUAUAUCUGUUAAAUGAUUUGUGUUAGAAAUUUCUUUUUGGGGGAAAGUUGGUGGAGUGCUGCAGCAAUGCAUCUCUCCAACAGCACCCUGGAGAGGCGUGCUCGGAAUGGACAAGACAAAUAUUUUGCUUCCCUGUCUUUGACAAAGUGGGCACUGCUUAUCACAGGGCGGCAUCAGCGCUCACCUAAAAAGCCCAUAUGCCGCUAGUUGAGAGAAAUUGUCAUUGUUUUGGGGCAGAAUUAUGUGAGGUUUUAUGUGUUGUUGGAGGUACAGUUGAAGUCGUAAGUUUACAUACACUUAGGUUGGAGUCAUUAAAACUUGUUUUUCAACCACUCCACAAAUUUCUUGUUAACAAACUAUAGUUUUGGCAAGUCGGUUAGGACAUCUACUUUGUGCAUGACACAAGUAAUUUUUCCAACAAUUGUUUACAGACAGAUUAUUUCACUUAUAAUUCACUGUAUCACAAUUCCAGUGGGUCAGAAGUUUACAUAAACUAAGUUGACUGUGCCUUUAAACAGCUUGGAAAAUUCCAGAAUUUUCAGCCAAGACCUCAGAAGAAAAUGGUAGACCUCCACAAGGCUGGUUCAUCAUUGGGAGCAAUUUCCAAAAGCCUGAAGGUACCAUGUUUAUCUGUACAAACAAUUGUACGCAAGUAUAAACACCAUGGGACCACACAGCCGUCAUACCGCUCAGGAAGGAGACGCGUUCUGUCUCCUAGAGAUUAACGUACUUUGGUGCGACAAGAGCAAAUCAAUCCCAGAACAACAGCAAAGGACCUUGUGAAGAUGCUGGAGGAAACAGGUACAAAAGUAUCUAUAUCCACAGUAAAACAAGUCCUAUAUCGACAUAACCUGAAAGGCUGCUCAACAAGGAAGAAUUCACUGCUCCAAAACCGCCAUAAAAAAGCCAGACUACGGUUUGCAACUGCACAUGGGGACAAAGAUCGUAUUUUUUUGGAGAAAUGUCCUCUGGUCUGAUGAAACAAAAAUAGAACUGUUUGGCCAUAAUGACCAUCGUUAUGUUUGGAGGAAAAAGGGGUAGGCUUGCAAGCCGAAGAACACCAUCCCUACCGUGAAGCACGGGGGUGGCUUGCUGCAGGAGGGACUGGUGCACUUCACAAAAUAGAUGGCAUCAUGAGGAAGGAAAAUUAUGUGGAUAUAUUGAAGCAACAUUUCAAGACAUCAGUCAGGAAGUUAAAGCUUGGUCGCAAAUGGGUCUUCCAAAUGGACAAUGACCCCAAGCAUACUUCCAAAGUUGUGGCAAAAUGGCUUAAGGACAACAAAGUCAAGGAAUUGGAGUGGCCAUCACAAAGCCCUGACCUCAAUCCUAUAAAAAAUGUGUGGGCAGAACUGAAAAAGUGUCUGUGAGCAAGGAGGCCUACAAACCUGACUCAGUUACACCAGCUCUGUCAGGAGGAAUGGGCCAAAAUUCACCCAACUUAUUGUGGGAAGCUUGUGGACGGCUACCCGAAACGUUUGAACCAAGUUAAACAAUUUAAAGUCAAUGCUACCAAAUACUAAUUGAGUGUAUCAACUUCUGACCCACUGGGAAUGUGAUGAAAGAAAUAAAAGCAUAAAGAAAUAAUUCUCUCUACUAUUAUUCUGACAUUUCACAUUCUUAAAAUAAAGUGGUGAUCCUAUCUGACCUAAAACAGGGAAUUUUUACUAGGAUUAAAUGUCAGGAAUUGUGAAAAACAGAGUUUAAAUGUAUUUGGGUAAAGUGUAUGUAAACUUCUGAUUUCAACUGUACGUCUUGGUCAGUUUAGCUCUGUAAAUGCCGCACUCGUCAAUCUGCCACCAUAGGAGGCCGUCUAAUCUAAUGAGCGUCCCGGCCCUGCUGCACGCCCAGUAGCUCUCAUCAUGAAAGGUUUUGGGGUGGGGGGGGCAGACAAGCAAACGCUUGGUAACCCUUCCGUGGGAAGAUGGCAGACAUAAAUAAGGAAGAAAGUGGAGCAUAUUAUGAAUAAAUAUGGAGUGGGGGAUUGCGCAAGUCUUCUGGAAGAUCUGGUGAAGGAGAAGAUGGCGGAUAAGGAGAAAAGUGGAAUGGAGGAUAGCACAGAAGCUUUGGAAGAGCUAGAGACGGAAAGUGAACGUGAAGAGAGUGAGGGUGGAUUAAUUGUGGUGGAGUGUAGAGGGAAGCGGUGUGGUGAGGCAGGUUGCCGUGCUCUAGUAGCCCAGAGAUGGAACCUGAUGAGAGUAUGGAUGUAGUACCUGCGGUGAGGACCGCAGAGUUCGUGCCUCAUCCCGAGGAUGAAAAGGAUGAUUCUGGUCCAGUGGGAGUGAGAUUUGUGGAGAUAAUGGUAUCAGGUUGGGUGGAGAAGAGGUUGGGGACUGUUGAGUUGGUGAGAGUAACUCUGAGUGGACUAGUGAUUAUUUGUGUUUUUUCAGUCCAGAGGGAGCGGGUGCUCUGGAUCACGUGAUUAGGGACAAGAAAUGUGACUUGCUUUAUUCUCCGGAGCAAGCCGCCGUUGAAAGGAGGGAUAACGGGGUGGCAUUAAGUGUUGAGGAUCAGUUGAAAUUGAAGAUUCCUGGUGUCUAUGACGCCUGCCGUUUGGUGCGACGCAGAUCCGGAGGAGAGCGUCGCAAGGUCAAGUCAGGAAGUGUAAGUUAUCCCGUGAGAGCUUUUGUUCUGAAAAUGCUACAGUGUUUUAGGUGUUAAGUUUAUGGGCAUGUUGCAGCAGUGUGUAGGAGGGAGAUUCCUAGAUGUGAGAAGUGUGCAGGAGGAAUGUGUAGUAUCAGUGGAGAAAGUUGUGUGUGUAAGCUGUGGGGGUGCCCAUGGGGAUGUAGAUCGGAGGUGUCUGGUGAGAGAAAGGCAGGUUGAGGUUGUCAGGGUCAGAGUACUACAGAAAACGUUGUCUGCUGAAGUAGUGAAGAGAGUGGUAGAGGAAUAUGGGUACAGGGUGAGGGAUACUGAGAGGAUUUCUGUGAGUAGGCAGAGACCAAUAGAGUGAUGGGAAGAAUAUGUGCUUCAGUAAGGUGAGUUUCUUAGCUUUCAUAGCCAUGGUUGUCAAUUGUACUGCAAAAAUGGAUUGGAAGUGUGGAGGAAAUUAAUUAAUCACAUACUAUGCUGUUUAAUUAGACAUACUAUGCUGUUUUUUACUUAGAGAAUUGUCCAUUGAUUGAUGCUAGUGUUUCUUACUGAUACAAACUUGUCUUGUGUGACUUAGUCAUAAAUCUGAGCGUACAUAUUUAUGAGCCGCUUGAGUUCGACCCCAGUAUGUGACCUCCUGUGUUUACCAUCGGUAGGAAUUUAGCUAUGUGGGAAGUGCAGAGAGGAACAGAGGAUGGUGGCGAUAUCAGCUAUCUUGAUCUACACAGACUAGCUAAAUUACUGUUCCCAGGGCCUGUUUCUGCACACCUGUUAACUGUCACAAAGAUAAAAGGAUGUACUUUCUAUAAAAGGAGACAGCCAGCUCUGUUCGUUGAGCUUUUUCAACCAUGAACCAUUUGAGUGGUUGUUGAUUGCUUCAUUUUUGCUAAUCUUAUAAUAAAAAGUUGUUUUGAAGAAUACAGUCUCUCUCCUUUUGGUUAGAAUUACCCCCACAGAAGUCACAGAAAAUAGAGGUUGUGGUGGCAGCAGGAGAGAAAUACUUGGGAUUGCGAGGAUUUAGUGCAGAACAGUUGCAGGGGGUGUUGAGUGGUAGUAGUUGGCAGGUUAAUUUUUAUUUUACCAAAUGAUGUAUUACCUGAAUUUAAUGUAGGUAGGCUGUGAAUGGCCUCACACACCAGUACAGUAGGUGGCAGUGUAUGCGCCUAAAAGUUGGAUGUGAUCCGCCAACCAAAUCCAAAUUAAGAAGAAACUCUCGUCAUGUCAUUUGAAAUCUAUCCUCAUGUCAGGUGGACAAAUCUGUAUUCGAGAGCCGAGAGAUGGUGCAGAGUCUGGCGUUUGGGCUCUCUUUCCUGCAGCGGAUGGACAUGAAGCCAGUGGUGGUGAUGGGACUGUCACGGCCUGAGGAUGACGACGCCCCAGACGGAUCUACUUCCAACUCCAGGGCCGAUAUUGUUCAGCAUUGCCAGACCCUAACAGAGGUCCUACAGCACCACUCAGCCAGUGUCAUACCGUUCUUCAGUGCAGAGGCCUUGCUGCUGGUGCAGGAUCCACCCCAAGGAAGCAGGUCUCCCCUACCACAGUUACCCUAUCCUCCUCUGCAUUACGAUACUAAUCUCUUUUUUGUUUAGAGUUUUUUUAAAAGAGUAAUAACAGCCCUAUGUGUUGUCAGUGCAGGGUCCUCCAUUGCAGUGGACAAAGGCCUGCUCCAGUGGAGCCUGGACUGCGGGGCCAUCCCCCUGGUGUGCCCUGUGGGGCGGGACACCAUGGGCCGCUCGGUGGCCCUGGACUCAGUGGACGUCACGGCCGCCAUCUCCAAGAUCCUGCAGCCACUCAAAGUCAUGUUCCUCAACAGCUGGGGAGGCCUCCGCAACCAGAGUCACAAGGUGGGGGGUUAUGGGGUUAUUUUGGGGGUUGGGUGGCAGAUUACUAGAAUGCGCGUGCAUUCAUAGUACUUGACCUACAGUAUGUAGUUAAGGAACUCGCCGCUGUCUUUGCUCUUUGAAAGUAGGCCCAUCAUAGUGUUUAUCCACAGCAGUCUGUACAUUUCCUGUACAUUAGAAGCAGUAGGCUAUUUACUCCCAAUCAAAGAAGAGGCCUAACACCUGCCUGCUCUCCAGUAUAGGACAACUACAGGUAACUGCCAAAAUAAAGGAAACUCCAACAUAAAGUGUCUUAAUAGGACAUUGGGUCAUCACGAUCCGCCAGAACAGCUUCAAUGCACCUUGGCAUUGAUUCUACAAGUGUCUGGAACUCUAUUGGAGGGAUGCAACACCAUUCUUCCAUGAGAAAUUCCAUAAUAUGGUGUUUUGUUGAUGGUGGUGGAAAACACUGUCUCAGGUGCCGUUACAGAAUCUCCCAUAAGUGUUUAAAUGGGUUGAGAUCUGGUGACUGAGACGGCCGUGGCAUAUGGUUUACAUCGUUUUCAUGCUCAUCAAACCAUUCAGUGACCACUCGUGCCCUGUGGACAGGGGUAUUGACAUCCUGGAAGAGACCACUCCCAUCAGGAUAGAAAUGCUUCACCACAGGUUGAAGGUGAUCACACAGAAUGGCUGGCUGUGUAUUUAUUGGUGUUUACCUUGCCCUCUAAGGGGUUGAGUGGACCUAAACCAUGCCAGGAAAAUGCACCCCACACCAUAACAGAGCCGCCAGAACCCUCAUUUAAUCAAGUGUUACCUUUAUUUUGCCAGUUACCUGUAUAUCACAAGUAUAAUUUGUUUUGAACCCUUAUGUUGUUUUGUUGCUUUCAUUUACUUCCUUGUCAAGCUUGUUCACAUUUUAUUAAAUCAAAACCCCCCCCCCCUCUGUUUCUGUCCCACUCUCCUCUCCACAUCUCAGGUGCUGGAUUUAGUGUCUCUGCCCGGUGAUCUUCCCGGCCUGUCGGGGGCACCAUGGCUGAGCUUGGCCGAGCGUCGGAGGGUGGGCACCAUCGCCCAGCUCCUGAACCAGCUGCCCUGCGAGUCCUCUGCAGUUAUCACCUCCGCCAACACGCUGCUCACCGAGCUGUUCAGCCACAAGGGUGAGGGAGACCUGUAUGUGUGUGUGACCCCUCACCGACUAACCCCUAUGUCUGACCUAUGCUCUCUACUCACUCACUCACUCUCUGCACCUGUCACUGCUGCUGUUGAUAGCACGUGGGGCUCACCUCUCAUGUUGCUAAGCAGAGUUUGGGGCCCCUUAAGGCAGACAUAGGCAUUAUGCAAUUUCAGUCCUCUGGAGCCAAAGUGUCUGCUCGCUCCCUUUCUGCUGGUUCACUUUUAUCUCCCAGGGGCCUUAAGUAUCAAGCAUCUCAGAGUAGGAGUGCUGAUCUAGGAUCAGGGUCUCCCUGUCCAUAUAAUCGUAUUCAUUAUGCUCCGAGACGCUUCAUACAUACGGCCCCUGGUGUCCCAGUUCUUAAUCACUCGCUGAAUUGAAGGAAAGAACAGACACCAGCAGUCACUGUGGCCCUCGAGGUGUAGUAGACCACAGGAGGUUGGUGGCACCUUCAUUGGGGAGGAUGGGCUAGCGGUAAUGGCUAGAGUCGGAAUCAGUGGAAUAGUAUCAAAUACGUCAAACACAUAGUUUGAUGCCAUUCCUCCCCUCAGCAGCCUCCACUGUAGUAGACUGAAUGUCCAUGCAUGCAGCUCAUGUUGUGCAUGGCAUCUGUGUGUAUCUGUGACACCUGAAAUCCAAUCCAGGGUCAUGUUAAGGUCCUAGGAUGUGUAUUUUGAGACGUGCCCUUAGCACAGCAGAGGUUUUAAAGAUGCACUCAUUGACCUGCAGCUGGCUCCAUUUCUUUAUCAUAUAACACAGAGAUGUAAUGUGAGUCACUGCAUGCAAAGUCUACACUACAGGUGAUCCUUUAUAAGCGGUUAGAUUUAUCCCAUAGCGUACACUCAACUGAAACAAGGAAAUGACAGAGGCCUCAACAAUCCAUGGUUAAUUCGCAUUUCAAGCCAGUUCACCUUGUAUGUGUGCUUGCUGAUUUGACAUGCUUUGUGUACCCAAUUGUUCAUUUUCACAUCUUAUGUUUUCAUAGGUUCUGGUACCCUGUUCAAGAAUGGAGACCCCAUUCACAAGUGAGUAUAUUAGUCUCUCUUCUCUGUUAGCUUGCAAUUUGGCCUUCAACUUGGAUGUGUUAACUGUGAGCGGAGCGUCCUACUUGAGACAUGCGUGUUUAACCUGACAAUUGCGAAAAAUCUUCCAUUGACAUCAGUGUAAGAGUUUUGUGAAAUGUAGGAACAGUUAGGCUACUUGCUCAUGCCAUUUAUUUCUAACAUUAUAUCGCUUAGUUUCCUCAUUAAACCUUUUGUAUCACCCCCUAACAAUAAUUUCACUUGCCACAGUGAUAGCUCUGGAACAAUACGUCUAGGGAGAUGAGUGUCUGUUUACACAUCAUAUUUUCCACUUCUAAAUCGCACACAGGCUGUGCACAAAGUACUCCCUCAUGACAAGCCCAAUAAUAAUAAUACGGAAUGAAAAAUAAACUUUUAGGAGUAAAAGUCGUACAAUUUGUAAUGUAUAUAUUUCUCUCGUCAGUGUAGAUGGCCGUCGUGCUAUCUGACGUAAAACAAUGACAUGGCCUUCACUGACUCGGAUAGCUGGCACUGUUGUGGCUCGCUAGCCAUUUAAUUUUCAUGCACAUUUGGAACUUCAUAAAUACUGAUCCUACAACCACAACUCCUUAACUAGAUGUAGAAUUAGCAAGUUAAGACUGUUACGUUCUCCCCUCGGGUGUAGUUCGUCUGAGGAGGAGAUGUAAAUGCCCGUGCCUGCGCACACAAUGUAAACUAGAUGGAUGGGGAAGAAAUGUGGGGUGUAACUAACUAAAAUAAUGGGACACAACAACCAGAACUCAAUGUUAGCCCUCUGGAGACGUUUAGUAAAGUACUGAACAACAUAUACAACACCCAUAAAGAAACAGUAAUAAAUCAAACAAACCAGGGAAGGUAAGAGAAGGGAAUGUUUGGGAACGGGGUCCAAGUAAUGAAAAUGAACAAAAGGUCCCUAAAUGACUAAAAUGUAACACCUAAUCCUUCCUAACACACUAAGCCCUAACCCGCUUUCCUACCUGUUACCACAAAUACAGGGGUGACACCCGCCCGGCUAACCUAGUGUAUAAAACAGUGGGUUAUCUACGUGUGAAUGUACACCCAUGGGCAGAACUACCUUUCCCUUCUCCAGGACCCAGGUAGGGUGGAAUACAGCAGGAGGACAGGCUGAAACACAAACAAAGAUACAUCAAAACAAACAAUAACCAAAUCCUCAAACAGCCAAACAAAAAGUGCCCUCUCUCUCUAGCUCACACGACAAACAGUUUAUACGCUCUAGUCAAUCAGUCACUCAACCACAGCUGCCAGGACUCCGGACCGAAGCCACGCCCACCAUCGUCAGCCGCAACUCAGCACACCUGUAAUAACCAGAACACACAAACCGAACAACCACUCUGAACCAAACACACACUACAAAGGACGAUUGGGAGAAAGAAAAACAUGUCACACGUAACACGCCCCCCCCAAAAAAAAGAGUAAACCCAGGGGUUUAUGAUAAGAACAUUACAUUUUUAGUCAUUUAGCAGACGCUCUUAUCCAGAGCGACUUAUUUGCGAGAGAAGUAACAAACGGGGUGAUCUAGACCAUCGUGUUCCUGUAAUAGUACAGCACCUGCACCCAGUGAGUGCAUACAUUUUUCAUACUGGCCCCCCGUGGGAAUCGAACCCACAACCCUGGCGUUGCAAGCGCCAUGCUUUACCAACUGAGCUACAGGAGGCCUUUAUCUUUAUAUACAUAUUUUUUUAUAAUACCAAGUACUUACUUCCAACACAUCCCCCCCAUAGUUGUCAACCCCCCCCCCCCCCCCCCCUCCUCUAUUAUUUUCUCUUUUUUUCUCUGAACUAGGCAUGUGACAGAGCAUCCGCAACCACGUUUUCUGCACCCUUUAUAUGAUGAAUUUCUAAAUUAUAACCCUGUAUAACCAACGCCCAACGCACAAGACUUUGGUUGUGGCUGUACAUGCAGCUUAAAAAAAUGAAAGGGUUGUGGUCUGUAUACACCACAACAGGCAACACAAUGGAGCCAACAUAAACCUCAAAAUUGUAAGGCAAACAACAGCACCAGUCUCCUGUUCGAUAGUGGAAUAACGUGACUGACAGCUGUUGAAUUUGCGAGAGAAGUAACAAACUGGGUGAUCUAGACCAUCGUGUUCCUGUAAUAGUACAGCACCUGCACCCACUGAACUGGCAUCCACUUCCAACUUAAAUGGUUUCUGGAAAUCGGGGGCAGGAAAGAACAGGAGAAAUACACAAUAGUGCUUUUACAGAGUCAAAGGCAGAUUGACACUCAGCGGUCCACUCAAAGGACACUGAAGGACUGAGUAACCUUGUCAUUGGGGCUACAACAGUUGAGAAAUUCCUACAAAAUGUACGAUAAUAACCCGUCAUGCCUAAGAAUCUGCGUAAUUCCCGCCGAGUGGCAGGGCCAGGAAACCGGGUGAUAGCGUCCACCUUAGCUGUUACUGUACGAACCUGAACCUGACCCCGCCCCACCUCUUUAUCCAAAUAUGUAACAGUAGCCUUUCCAAACUCACAUUUGGCUAAGUGUCAAAGAAGCGCUGGCCAAGCGUGCAAACACAGCCCUCAAUGUGCUCAUGUGAUCAAGCCAGGUUGUCGAAUGAACAACCAGGUCAUCGAGAUAUGUGGUACAAUCAGGAACAUCAGCCAAUACAAUAUUUAUCAAACGUUGAAACGUGGCGUUCCUCAUUCCAAAAGCCAUUACUGUGUACUGGCAGAAACGGUCAGAGGUUACAAAAGCAGACACCUCAGAGGCACGAGGGGUUAAAGGCACCUGCCAAUAACCUUUUAACAAGUCAAGCUUAGUAACAUACGCAGCCGAUCCAAUGGUGUCUAUACAGUCGUUCCAUGCGAGGUAAAGGGAAUGAGUCAGGUAUGGUAACAUUAUUCACUUUUCUAUAGUCAGUGCAAAACCUUUGAGUCCCGUCAGGCUUUGGAAUCAGCAGACAGGGGGAACUCCAAGGACUGCCACUGGGGAUUGGCAUCUCAUUUUCCACUAAAGAAGUUACCUCUUUCUUCAUCAUUACCCUCUUGAUUGAAUUCACACGGUAAGGGUGCUGUUUGAUUGGAGCAGCAUCACCUACAUUACAGUAUGAAAAAAAUGUAUUCACUCACUAAGUCGCUCUGGAUAAGAGCGUCUGCUAAAUGACUAAAAUGUAAAAAUGUAUAUCAUGUUGCAACACAUGUACGACUGGGAACAUCCUUAAAGAGACUCGGAAAAUCAGUGAUUAGUAAUUCAAUAUCAGCCCUCUGCUGAUCAUUCAAAUGCAACAAAUGGGAUUGGAGAGACGCUACCAUCUCCGAAUUACAUAAACGAGCACACUGCUCAGGAGUAUUUCGCAUCACCAAACCGUCCUCAUCAUUUACGCUGACUCCUGGGUGGGUAACCAUGCUCACAGAAGCAACAGAGAAUACCACAGGAGGUUUACUGGUAAUGGGGGAUUUGAUACCAACUCUAACAUGAUAAGCUUUAAUCAUGUUAACGUGACAUAACCGAAAUGGGCGUCUAUGGUCUGGCGUUUUGAUAACAUAAUCAGUAUCACUGAGUUUUUGCUCCACCACAUAUGGGCCAGAGAAACUGGAAGAGAGACACGAGCCAGGUACUGGCAACAACACCAAGACUUGGUCACUUGGUUGAAAAGAACGAGACACAGUUUUUACAUCAAAGUGACGUUUCAUUUUCUUUUGUGUGGAAGACAGAUUUUCUCUGGCUACAGCACAUGCGUCAUGCAACCGCUCCCGGACUUGACUAACAAAGUCUAGUACAUUAGUAGAGGACCCAACUGAAUCAUCAGCCAUAAUUUGUUAUUUCAGUACCUUUAGAGGCCCUCUCACUGUGUGACCAAAGAUUAGCUCAGGUGGGCUAAACCCAAGAGACUCUUGUACGGCAUCCCCUCAUCCCACUCUUUUUCUGUGUCCAUACAGUAUUUACGCAACAUGGCUUUUAGCGUCUGAUGCCAACGUUCCAGCGCACCCUGACUCUCCGGGUGGUAAGCGCUAGACAUCUGAUGGGACACUGACAAGGACUUCAACACACUUCCAAACAAUCUCGAUGUAAAAUUAGUGCCUUGAUCCGUCUGUACGAUUUUUAGAAAUCCAAAAAGGUAGAGAAAUACUUAAUCAGCGCCUUCACAAUUGCCUUACUGGUGAUUUUACACAUAAGAAUCGCCUCUGGGUACCUUGUAGCAGUGCACAUUAUCGUUAACAAGAAUUGAUUACCCGACUUAGUCCUGGGUAAUGGACCAACACAAUCGAUUAUUACUUUCUCAAACGGCUCUCCCAUGACCGGAAUCGGGCAGAGAGGAGCCGGGGAAAUUACCUGGUUAGGCUUCCCCACCACUUCGCACAUACUACAUGUACGGCAAUAACAAGCCACAUCCCGUUUCAUUCCCGGCCAGAAGAAAUGACGGAGGAUUCGAUCGUAGGUUUUAGUCACUCCUAGAUGACCAGACCAGGGAAUAUCAUGAGCUAGGGACAACACCUUCGUCUGAAACGUGGCAGGAACUACAAUCUGGAAAACGGAACUCCAAUCAUUUUCUAGGUCAGCACGGGGAGUCCAUUUUCUAAUCAAAAGACCCUUCUCAAGGAAAUACGUCACACCUUUCCUUUUUGCCUCACUCAAAGGUAACAUGGACGAAAAACAUUUGGCUAAGCCCACAUCCUCUUUCUGGGCAGCUAUUAGCUUCUCCCGAGUAACUGGCAACCUUAAACAGUCCACCGAGGAAGCCAUUGUCUUGUCUUUAUUACCAUCAUCAUAAUCAGAACUCACUGGGAACACAGGAGUAGAACACUGGAUAUCUUCCCCAUUCAACAUAGGUGCAAGCACAGAGUCAGCUAAGUCUACCAUGGUACCUAAGCGACGCGACUGCGCACGUGUAAUGGCACACGCUGGAAAUGCUUCAGGAAACAUAGUGGCCAAAACAUCAGCACUUGACUGAGCAUCAGGCUUGUCUAGCACUUCUAACACAGGCACAACUUUGCCUCCUGCUAGAUCGUUACCCAUGAUUAGAGCAACCCCAUUUACGGGAAGCUCGGACUGUACACCGAUUCUGAAACAUCCACUCACUAGAUCAGAAGUCAAAUGGACAGUAUGUAACGGAACAGGCACACAACGCAUUUCGAUCCCCCUUAAUAAUACACUAGAGCCACAAUAAGACUCCUCUGACCAGGGCAGAACACUCGAGAGAAUUACAGACUGAGCCGCACCAGUAUCUCUCAAUAUCAAAACUGGCUUUUGUUCUCCAGAAUCACCUGUCAGUGAAACAAAGCCUUUAAAUAUGAACGGGUCGUAGGUUGGAUCGGGACGACUUAGUACAACCCCAGGACUCUCCUUUACAGAGCUCUUAGUGGUUACCUUAAUCAAACCCACACUUUUAUGGGGUUUAGGGGUUGAAGGUGGUGACUUGCGUUUUAAAGACAUACAUUCCGAAAUUACGUGUCCGACUUUAUGACAAUAAAAACACGCACGUUCCUCCUUUAGAGUCAGCCGUGUACUUCCUGAGUAACUGUGGGAAUUGUAGACAGGAGAGGAUACAACCGGUCUAUUCUCACUACGGUGUGUGGGAAACACUGUUUUAUGUGUAAACACAAAUUCAUCUGCAAGCACCGCGGCUUCAGAUAACUUUAACACUUUCUGUUCAUUAAUGUAUACAACCAACCACUCUGGGAGGCUGUUUUUAAAUUCUUCCAAUAACAUUAAUUCACGAAGACCUUCAAAGUCAUUGAUUUUACUCGCUGAGCACCAUUUGUCAAAGAGAGACUCCUUCUCUCUAGCGAAUUCGACAAAAGUUUUUAUAGAGGAUUUGGAGUGCUUUCUAAACUUGUAUCUAUAAGCCUCCGGCACAAGCUCAUACCCACGGAGCACAGUAGCCUUAACAAUGUCGUAAUUAAGACCAUCAGCGAGAGAGAGAGUACCCAUCACCUCCUGCGCUUUACACUGAAGUAACAGCGGCCACACAUCCCUAGGCCAAUUCAAAGCCACUGCUAUGCGUUCGAAUGCACAAAAGUAAGAGUCAACCUCAGACUCACAGAAUUGUGGAACUAAAGCAAUAUGCCGGCUAAUGUCAAAGGUAGAGGCAGAUCCUGGGGUGGAAAACACACUAUUGGAAAUGGCAGGGACAGCGGCCAGCCUCGCCGUCUCUGCCUCUAAUUCCAAUUUGCGCAUUUCGAAGUCCAUCUGCCUUAUCUUAAUAUCUGCUUCCAACUCCAGUCGGCACGUCUCCAACUUGAGAUGUAGCUCAUCCUUUCGGAUUUGUGCUCUCUCUUCUGCCUCCAGCUGCAAGUGUACAGCCGUAGGAAUAGGAGAGAGGGUCAAAUCGAGGCAAGGUGGCCGGGGCCUUAUACUCGACCUCAUCGUCGGGCCUAUACGGGGCACCCGGAGCAUCCACCACCUCUCCCACUGCAGGCAGAGGCAAAACCAACACUUGCUGUUCAAUCAGCGCCGCUAACACCAAUGCCCUUACCUCCGCCUUAACAAAACCCCUUGGCACGGAGAUAUCUAAAUGGUCUGCCAAAGUCUCUAAAUCCACUCUCCUACAAUUCUCAAAACCCUCCCACGUAGGGUUAUCCAGAAAAAACUUCAGGUUAAAAAGGUGGCCAUUUUCUAAAUCCACCACCUAACUACAACAUCCAACACAGAACUAAACACUACACCCAACAAAACAACCACACAAUCCACAUCUACUACCAAAGUGUGCGGGCACAAGCUGGAUCAAAGAUCCCUGACCAGCCCCCCAUGUUACAUUCUCCCCUCGGGUGUAGUUCGUCUGAGGAGGAGAUGUAAAUGCCCGUGCCUGCGCACACAAUGUAAACUAGAUGGAUGGUGAAGAACUGUGGGGUGUAACUAACUAAAAUAAUGGGACACAACAACCAGAACUCAAUGUUAGCCCUCUGGAGAUGUUUAGUAAAGUACUGAACAACAUAUACAACACCCAUAAAGAAACAGUAAUAAACCAAAGACCAAUCAAACAAACCAGGGAAGGUAAGAGAAGGGAAUGUUUGGGAACGGGGUCCAAGUAAUGAAAAUAAACAAAAGGUCCCUAAAUGACUAAAAUGUAAAUAUAUAAAAAAAUAAAUCCCUCCUCUUCUACACACCUAAUCCUUCCUAACACACUAAGCCCUAACCCGCUUUCCUACCUGUUACCACAAAUACAGGGGUGACACCCGCCCGGCUAACCUAGUGUGUAAAACAGUGGGUUAUCUACGUGUGAAUGUACACCCAUGGGCAGAACUACCUUUCCCUUCUCCAGGACCCAGGUAGGGUGGAGUACAGCAGGAGGACAGGCUAAAACACAAACAAAGAUACAUCAAAACAACCAAAUCCUCAAACAGCCAAACAAAAAGUGCCCUCUCUCUCUAGCUCACACGACAAACAGUUUAUAUGCUCUAGUCAAUCAGUCACUCAACCAAAGCUGCCAGGACUCCGGACCGAAGCCACGCCCACCAUCGUCAGUCCGCAACUCAGCACACCUGUAAUAACCAGAACACACAAACAGAACAACCACUCUGAACCAAACACACACUACAAAGGACAAUUGGGAGAAAGAAAAACAUGUCACACGUAACAACUUGCGCAGGAAGAAAACAUCAAAAUCAACUACAGAUUUAUAGUUUUUGAUAAGAUAAAUUCUGACACUUGAGUCUUUUGUGCACUGCAUGUGUACAAUUAGAAUUGGAAAAAGUCACUUUUCCCAUUGUCCUGAAUUUACUUACUUUGAGACAGGUGAUUGUGUGCCUGUCAUCCCAAGGGUGUUGUCAUAGGUAGUUGAAAAAGCUGAGCUUGUCGGGUGUCUCUAUUAAAAGAGAUGCAAAGAUAAUCAACUACUGUCUCUCUAUCCUUUUGUUUGGCCAGGUACAGCACUCUGGAUGACAUAGACCUAGACCGCCUACUGGCCCUGAUAAACAAGUCGUUUGAGAAGAACCUGAGGGAGGAUUACAUUGAGUCACUCAAAGGACGCCUCCAUUCUAUCUACCUCUCUGAAGGGUAGCCUAACACACACACACAUCUUCCUGUGUGGCAUCCUUUUUUCCAUUCUCUACCCUUCUCCCGAAGUGUAAACUCGUACAAUCCGCUCUCAUAGAUAAGAAAAAGACUGUUGUGAGGAAUAUGGUGGUGGAAGGAAACUCUCUCCAGCCAUGCUUGCACCAACCCAAUGCUUUUCUUGUUCAUACUAGUGGAGAAGGGUAGGUAGAGAAUGGGAACCUAGCCUGUGUCUCAAACAAACCACAACAUGGAACAUGGAAUGCUGUAUCACCUGCAGGUACAGUGCGGCAGCCAUCAUCACCAGGGAGCCUGUGAGCAGUGGUACGCCCUACCUGGACAAGUUUGUGGUGAGCAGCAGCAAGCAGGGCGAGGGCACCAGCCAGAUCCUGUGGGAGUGCAUCAGACAGGACCUGGGCAAGCUCUUCUGGAGGUCCCGCGCCAUCAACCGCAUCAACCCCUGGUGAGAAGAACAUGACACUGCACAAUUGACACAAGAAACAUGACUUAUGGCUGUUUUGGCCCAACAUAAUGGCUGAAGUAUCAGAUGCCAUGCAUCUUUCUCAAGUCAAGUCGAGAGUAUCUAGAAGAUUUUCUUCACAAUUCUGCGGGGCAAUUUAUGUAACUAAUUUUUUUUCACUACAAACAAAUACCAUGCAUCUCUUUUGUUGUUUUACUGCGAAUGAAAAAUAAAAGUAAAGGUCUGCCGCCUGUCUUUCUAGGGUGUGUGGUUGUUUUGGAUACUAGUUUUCCCUGCCUUAACCAGCCCUGGAUCUAGACGCACUGCUGUGUACAGGGUUGUCUCUCUUUUUUUGAAUAUUUUUCUUUACUUCCUUUCUCCACCUAUCCUCAGGUACUUCAAGCAUUGCGACGGAAGCUUCGUCAACGGCGGCUGGAUUGUCUUUUGGUUCGGCCUCUCAGACAUCAGGGAGUCCUACCAGCUCGUAGAGUACGCCAAACGCGUUCCAGACUCCUUCCACGGUCCGAUAAUGGGGGGGAGCCCCCCAGCAGCCACCCCAGGAUCCUGA